AUGGCCAAGAAAAGAAUUGCCGUGAUUGGGGGAGGGGUGAGCGGUCUGACUUCUAUCAAGUGCUGCCUGGAAGAAGAUUUGGAACCUGUCUGCUUUGAAAGGUCAGGCGACAUCGGAGGCCUCUGGAGAUUCCAGGAAAAUCCAGAAGAAGGAAGGGCCAGUAUUUACAAAUCAGUGAUCAUCAAUACUUCUAAGGAGAUGAUGUGCUUCAGUGACUAUCCCAUCCCAGAUCAUUAUCCCAACUUCAUGCACAACUCUCAGGUCCUGGAGUACUUCAGGCUGUAUGCCAAAGAAUUUAACCUUGUAAAAUAUAUUCGAUUCAAGACCACUGUGUGCAGUGUGAAGAAGCGGCCUGACUUUGCUACUUCAGGUCAAUGGGAAGUGGUCACAGAGUCUGAAGGGAAAAAGGAGAUGAACAUCUUUGAUGGAGUCAUGGUUUGCACUGGUCACCACACCAAUGCUCAUCUACCCCUGGAAAGCUUCCCAGGGAUUGAGAAGUUCAAAGGACAAUACUUUCACAGUCGAGAAUAUAAGAACCCAGAGGCCUUUGCUGGAAAGAGGGUCAUUGUAAUUGGCAUUGGAAACUCUGGAGGGGAUCUGGCUGUGGAAAUCAGUCACAUAGCCAAGCAGGUUUUCCUCAGUACCAGGAGAGGGGCUUGGAUCCUGAAUCGUGUGGGGGACCAUGGCUAUCCUAUUGAUAUAGUAGUUAAUUCUCGACUUAAAUAUUAUAUAAAGAAUAUACUUAAUGAAUCAUUAGUAAACACAUUUUUGGAAAGAAAGAUGAACCAGAGGUUUGACCACGCACUGUUUGGCCUGAAGCCUAAACACAGAGCUCUAAGUCAACAUCCAACAGUAAAUGAUGACCUUCCAAAUAGAAUAAUUUCUGGUUCAGUGAAGAUCAAAGGAAAUGUGAAGGAAUUCACAGAGACAGCUGCCAUAUUUGAAGAUGGCUCUAGGGAAGAUGACAUCGAUGCAGUUAUUUUUGCUACAGGCUACAGCUUUGCCUUUCCUUUUCUUGAUGACUGUGUCAAAGUGGUUAAGAACAAGGUAUCCUUGUAUAAAAAGGUCUUCCCUCCUAACCUGGAAAAGCCAACUCUUGCAAUCAUAGGCCUGGUUCAGCCCUUGGGAGCAAUUAUGCCAAUUUCAGAACUUCAAGGACGCUGGGUCACCCAAGUAUUUAAAGGGCUAAAGACAUUGCCCUCGAAAAAUGAAAUGAUCACAGAAAUAUCCAAAGUUCAAGAAGAAAUGGAAAAAAGAUACGUAACUAGUCAACGCCAUACUAUUCAGGGAGACUACAUGGAUACCAUGGAAGAACUUGCUGAGCUGGUGGGAGUCAAGCCCAAUCUACUAUCCUUGGCCUUCACUGACCCCAGGUUGGCCUUGUAUUUAUUAUUGGGACCCUGUACUCCAAUUCAGUAUCGUCUCCAGGGCCGUGGAAAAUGGAACGGUGCACGAAAAGCUAUCCUUGCUACGGAUGAUCGGAUCAGGAAACCUCUGAUGACAAGAGUUGUGGAAAAGAAUGACUCCAUGACCUCAGCAAUGACAAUGGUCAAGAUUAUGUUGGCUGUUGCUUUCUUUGCUAUAAUUAUGGGCUAUUUUUAG